CGGUAAAUGAACUUUACAGACGUUCUUGUUUAUUUACAAUUUUUUCGUUAAAUAUCGCAAAAAUUCCCGGUUAAAAUGAGAUUUCUCAAUAUUGUAAUUUUCCUAUUUACGUCAUGCAUUACGUUAUUUUUCCUCUUUUUGAUUCUGCUGUGGAUGUACUUGGACUAUGAAAAAAUUCCAAACGUGGUUGUCAAAGCGAGACGCGAGUAUGAUUUCAUCAUCGUGGGAUCAGGAACAGCUGGAUCGACGCUCGCUUAUGCACUGACACGAGAAAAAAACUUUUCUGUGUUACUUAUCGAAGCUGGAGAUAAAUUUAAUGUAUUGUCGAAGAUUCCGAUGGCUAGUAUUACGUUACAAGGUAACGAUCGCUCCGAUUGGGGCUUUAAAACCGUUCCGCAAGAAUUUUCGUCGCACGGCUUGAUCGGCAAUCAACAAAAGUGGCCACGAGGAAAGGGAUUAGGAGGUUCGGCGCAGAUAAAUUACAUGCUACAUUUUGGCGGAGUGCCCAAAGACUUUGAUGACCUUGAAAAAUUCGGAGGACCCGAAUGGAGUUACGAAGCUUUGAAGGAACAUUUAUCGAUGCCCUUGGAAAAUGAGGGAAAAUGCGAGAAAAAUGACGCCAAAGAAACUUGUGACGAUACUCGAAGACUCAAAAAUCCGUAUUUAAAAUCAUUUUUUGAAGAUAUUUCGAUUACGCAAGUCAAUCCAUUGGAAUCAGUAUUAACAAAGGCUUACCUCGACGCUGCCGAAGAAGUCAAUGAGCCAGUUCGUUUCAAAGCGGCUCAAUAUUACACGAAGAACGGUUAUCGCCAUUCCACAUAUCAUACAUACCUGAAACCGGCAUUUUUCCAUGAAAACCUUCAUAUUAUGACGAAAACGCAAGUACUGAAGGUGCUUUUUGAUAGAAAAAGUGCCGUUGGAGUGCUUGUCGCUCGAGAUUAUGAAACGCCAUUCGAGAUAAAAGCUCGAAAGGAGGUAAUUUUGUGUGCUGGCGCCGUUCAAACACCACAAAUUUUGAAAAUUUCCGGUGUUGGACCCUUGGAUGAGCUGAAAAACUUUCAAAUUCCACCGAUAGCUGAAAAUUCUUUCGUCGGCAGGAAUCUUUACGACCAUUUCAACAUGCCACUUUUCGUGUCGGUCAACACUUCAUCGACUGUCAACCUGAAAAAAAUGCUCAGUAUCUCCGCAAUGAUGGAAUACAUCAAAAACGGCACCGGAAUCUACUCAAAUAUGGCGAUUUUUGCUCAAGGCAGCUCGUUGCAAGGCGAUCAUGCGAAUCUCGUGUUCGCAAUGGGCUCUGCCGAUGAAAAAGCCCUCAAAGAUGUCUCGAAUUACAAAGUUGAGACUUUUCGUAAAUUUUUUCCGCGAUAUUUUAAUCAUAGCGAAGAAGGAUUUGUCAUUAUAAGUACGUGUCAUAAGCCAACAAGUCGGGGAACGGUCAAAUUAUCCGGGAAUUCAGUCCUUGACGAGCCACUGAUUGAUCCGAGGUACUUGGAAACGGAAGCAGAUGUGAGAUGUAUGUUGGAUGCGGUCCGGUUGUCGUUUGAAGUGGUUCGAUCGAAGCCGUUACAGAAGUUAGGUGCGAUAAUUCAUUGGCCUCUGAUGAAGGAAUGUGAGGAAAAUGAGGAUUUAGAGCAAGAAAAACUUCCGUCGGAGAGAUAUUUGGUGUGCUUGAUGCGACAAGGAGCUCUAACAGCACAUCAUCCGGGAGGAACUUGUGCCCUUGGAACCUCAGACAGUGCCGUUGACGAGCAUUUACGUGUUCGUGGUGUCAAAAAAUUACGAGUUGUUGACGCUUCAGUCAUUCCAAUGCCAGUUUCGGGCACGCCAAACUACAUAAUAAGCGUUGUGGCGAAAAAAGCUGCUAAAAUAAUCUUAAAGAACGUUUAAAGUUGUGUUUAAAAACAAAAAUUGAUGAAAAUUCUUUUUAAAAAAAAUAUAUUUGUAAAACUUUUUUCUAACUAAAUUUAAAUAAAAAAAAAUUAUCUUGACCUCGAACGAGAUCUUCCGCG